GCUCACAGAGUUUUAGUCAGCUGGCAUGCAAGAGAGGUAUGACUUCCCUAAGUAAACUCUUCCUCGACUUGCCCUGGAAAAGCUGCUGGGAGAGUCUGUGAGACAGAAGGCUGCAAGCAGAGGUGAAUCCCGCUCCUCCUCCUCCUCCUCCAGCCACAGAGCAGAACCAUGAAACUGAACAUCCUCUUGUUGCUGGCAGUGAUGAACACAGGAAUCUUUAACUAUCAUCCCACAGAGGGGACACCCUGUGAAACGGCAAAUUCACAGGUAUUUUGCCACAACAAAGACCUCCACCAAAUCCCUCACGAGCUCCAUCCGAAUGUAAACAAAAUAGAUCUGUCUGGAAACCUGAUUCAAAGCAUCCCUGAAAUACCAUUAUCAUUUUACACUUCCCUCCAGUAUCUGGAUUUAAGCUUCAACCAGAUAAGCUUCAUCACGUCUGGAGUGUUUGCACACAUGACAAGUUUGCUGGAAAUAAAUUUAGCCAAUAAUCAUUUAUAUGAGCUCGCUCAGAAUGGGACAGAGGGGAUUGGACUUUUGCCCAAGGUGGAAAUAAUGGACUUGUCCCACAACAAUCUCUACAGUGGGAUGGCUGAGUAUUUCAUUAAUCAAGCUCCAACACUGCGGUAUCUUUCCUUGGCAGACAACAGUAUUGUAAUGAUAUCACACAAGAUGUUUCAGGGAUCUCCCAAUCUUGUGGAGAUAGAUCUUCAGAGAAAUAUCAUCAUGGAAAUAGAAGAAGGUGCUUUUGAGACUCUAGCGAACCUUUCCAAACUCAAUCUCUCCACAAAUUCAAUUACUUGCAUCUCUGAUUUCAACCUCAGGCAGUUGGAGAUACUUGACCUUAGCAGGAAUAGCAUUGAGACCUUCAGCAUCACAAAGUCAAAUGAUGAAUAUAGUUUAAGAUGUCUGGAUCUUAGUGAAAACAAAUUGCUUCACUUCCCAGUCUUCCCUGAGGUAAAUAAACUGGUAACUCUGAAUUUAUCAAAUAAUUUAAUCCAGCUCACUGCUGAAUCCCCUUAUAACAAAAUGGACUACAUGGAUAAUGAAUGGCUAGAUGCUUCUUUUCAUCUUCUUGAUCAGAAGCAAAGUAAAAAUACAAGUUCUCUUUAUUUAUCCCAGCUUGUAUAUUUAGACUUAAGUUAUAAUAAAAUCAAAUCCAUUCCAGAUGGGUUCUUUGAGUCAAUGUUGUCCCUUCACACCCUUAAUCUCAGCAAAAACUGUCUUCAGGCAUUUGCAGUAAGUUAUGAUAGUGCUUUGGUCUCCCUAACUGUCCUUGACUUGAGCUACAAUGCUUUGCAGAACCUUCUCCUCGAUGCUGGUGCUCUGCCAAGUUUGAGGGAGAUUCAUAUUCAAAACAACAACCUUCAAACCCUGCAAUUCGACAUCUUUUCCAGUCUUCCUAGCCUCAGACUCCUUAACCUACAGAGCAAUAACAUCAGCCUUUGCCACAUGCACUCGGGAUUAGCUAAGCAAAGACUUGCUGGAGAGGAAAGUGGUUGUGUGUCGUUUGUCAAUUCUCCUGCUCUCCAGUACUUGUACCUAGCAGACAACAUGCUGAGCAUCCUACCAGCACGCGCCUUCCACAAGACUCCACUGCUUGUCUUGGAUCUCUCCAUGAACCCUGGACUGAAAAUAGACCUUAAAGCACUAGCAGGACUGGAAAAGUCUCUGGAAUACUUGCAUUUACAUGGCAAUAGCCUGAUAGAUUUAAAUAUUGACUUGCCUUGUUUUAGUCACCUUAAACAUUUGAACCUCUCUGAAAAUCAGCUGAACUGGCUGCCUAAGUGGAGUAGUGACACUCCACUGGAAGUUCUAGACCUACGGAACAAUAGGUUCAGUACAUUACAGGACAGCAACAUUUUAGCAUUAGAAAAUUCACUUAAAAACUUGUAUCUCACCGGGAACCCACUCGACUGCUGUGGAAACAUCUGGCUUUCAUCAAUGAUCCAGAACAAAAAUGUCCAGAUCCCCAACGUGGAGCACUUAACGUGCCAGUACAUUCGGAGCUUCGGGUAUUGGGAAGAAAUGCACGUUGAGGACGUUAGACCAGAAGACUGUGAAAAAGAGGAUCUGAAGAAAAUCAACAUCCUCAUUAUAUUAACAUCUGUACUAGUUUUAUCUGUGAUCAUCAUUGGUGUGGGUUCAUUUUUUUGCUUCCGAAGGCAAAACUUUAGCCACCAGUUUAAAGCAUAGAAACAAAAAAACAUCCUGAAAACUGAAGAAAUCAGGUGCUACCCCGACACUGUGUAGAAAUGAAGGAUAAAAUUUUCAUCUUUGAGUCUUAACUGUGGAUUUUACAAUGGUUUUGAAGUGUCCCUGAACUGCACCACUGUACUGGUCUGGG